AUUUUGGGGGGUUUUGUUUUGUGACUGGUAAUAAUGGCGGACAAAGUGAAGCACAUUCUUACAAAGCCGAUCCAGUUGGCUGACAACGUCAGCAAAGCUGCAGACGAGGCCAGUUCCUUCAAGCAAGAGUGCGCAGAAUUGAAGUCCAGGACGGAGAAGCUCGCCGAGCUUCUCCGCCAAGCCGCGCGUACCAGCAGCGAUCUCUACGAGCGGGCCGACGCGCGGCGGAUCAUCGACGACACCGGGCCAGGUUCUGGAAAAGGCUUUAAACCUUGUCCUCAAGUGUCGCGCCCAUGGCCUCAUCAAGCGCGUCUUCACCAUCAUCCCCGCCGCCUCCUUCCGCAAGAUGCAAUCCCAACUCGAUAACUCCAUCGGCGACAUGUCCUGGCUCCUCCGAGUCUCCGCCUCCGCCGACGGACGCGUCGGAGAACACCUCGGCCUCCCUCCCAUCGCCUCCAACGAGCCCAUCCUCUGCCUCAUCUGGGAACAGAUCGCUAUUCUCCACACAGGCUCUCC